AUAUAUUUAGCCAUUGAAUCAAAUUAUUUAUGGUUAACUUUUUUUAUUUUUCUAGUACUCAUCAAUUAAGAUGCAUGAUUCUAACAAAAAUCAUUAUGACAUAUGUUAAUUAGUGAGUUAGUAAAACUAUAUAUGGCUAAGUUAGAUCAAUUUUUCUUCUUUGCCUUAGGCUUAUCUCUUGGCCUAACAAUUGGCUUCCUCCAUCUCCAAACCUUUCCUCUUUCCCUUUCUACUUGGCCAUCUCUAUCCGCUACCUUGCCGUACUUGGCACUACCGGAAGAGCCACCGGCCCGGCCUCCACCAUCUCCACCACCACCACCACCGCCUAUGCCUUCGGAUGAUCCACCACCUACAUCGGACGAAACAACAACAACAACAACAACAAGUAACAUUGUUUCAUCAUGGAAGGAAUACAACUUGGGAGAUGAUAAUAGCAAAAUUGGAAAUAGUAGUGUAGUGCAUAAUAUGAGUGACAAGGAGUUACUAUGGAGAGCAUCAAUGGUCCCUCAAAUGGAAGGGUACCCUUAUGAUUACUUUCCUAAAGUGGCCUUCAUGUUCUUGACAAAAGGGCCCUUACCAUUAGCCCCACUAUGGGAACUAUUCUUUAAGGGUCAUCAAGGGUUAUACUCCAUUUAUGUUCACACGCAUCCUUCUUACAAUCACUCUUGGCCUCAAGAAUCUGUAUUCUACGGCAGCCGAAUUCCUAGUCAGGAAGUGACAUGGGGAACUAUGUCAAUGAUAGAUGCUGAAAAACGCCUUUUAGGCAAUGCCCUCUUAGAUUUUUCCAAUCAAAGAUUCGUUUUACUCUCUGAAUCAUGCAUCCCACUAUUCAAUUUCACCACAAUUUACAACUUCUUAACCAAAUCAAAUGUGAGUUUUCUUGCUUCCUUUGAUGACCCAAGAAAACCCGGUCGUGGACGUUACAACCCCAAAAUGUGGCCUAACAUAACCAUUCAAGACUGGAGAAAAGGUUCCCAGUGGUUCGAAGUUCGUCGUGAUGUUGCCAUACGUAUGAUUUCCGAUCAAAAAUAUUACUCUAUUUUCGAACAACACUGUCAUCCACCUUGUUACAAUGACGAGCAUUAUUUUCCAACUUUGUCGCGUUUACUUUUUCCAGAGUUAAUUGCCAAUAGAGGUAUUACUUGGGUGGAUUGGUCACAUAUUGGACCUCAUCCUGGUCGAUUUAUUAGGCGUGACAUAACAGAGGAGUUUCUUAACAAUAUCAGAUUUCAGUCAUCCAAUUGUACAUAUAACGGUGAUGUAACAACUAUGUGCUUUCUUUUUGCUAGAAAAUUUGUAGGGGAUACAUUGAAGCCUUUGCUUCAAAUUUCACCCAACCUACUAGGUUUUGAUCCUUAACAUUUUAUAAUUAUAAUUCUCGAUUCAUUUUAUAUUCA